UUUACAGCUACGCCGGCUGCGCUCAUCUCUAAUUCACGCACAUCUGAUUUGUUUUCUGCUAAACGUUUAACUGCGGAGAAUUGUUUUAUUUUCGCUGUUAAUUGCGAAAUGGUGAAUGAUAAAAAGCGGCGUUCACGUUCCCGGGAACGUUACAGAGACGAACGUGGCGCGGCCACUGCCGACAGAGAUCGGGAGCGCGAACGGGAACGCGAGCGACAACGGGACAGAGAUGCGCCGAGACACAGAGAGCGGGAUCCGCGCGACAGGCAGACGGACAGGGAGAAGGAGCGCCGGCAGCGACGCUCGCGUUCCAGGCAAGAGCGUGCCAGACGGAACGGACGCUCGCCGGAGCGCCAGCGUCAGGUGCGCGAACGGUCGCGGGAGCGUGGAGCACGCAACGGCGAGCCAGAGAAGAAGCCCAAAUUGGACAAUUCGGCGUCCGUUAAGCCGGAAGAUGAACAACUCGAACACAAAGGCGAUGUCAAGCAAAAGAAGGAGCCGCUGUCACUGGAGGAGUUGCUGGACAAGAAGAAGCGCGAGGAGGAGGCGCGCAGCAAGCCCGUUUUUCUGACCAAAGAGCAACGUGCCGCCGAGGCGAUCAAGCGCCGCCAGGAGGAGGUGGAGCGCAUGCGCGCCGCCCGCGAUGCCGCGCGGGAUCAAAUGCAAUCGGCCAACAACAGCAGGACCAUCAGCGGCAUAGCCACAGCGUCGGCAUCGCUGCCCGUCGCCAUGGCGCCGCCGCCACCGGCGCCCUUGAAAUCCGAGCGACGCGAACGUGGCGGAGAUCGCGGCGGCGGCGGCGGCGGUGGCGGCGGGGGCGGUGAACGGGAUCGCGACAGGGACAACAAACGUGUUGAGGAUCUGACGCACAAGGACAAGGAGAAGGAACUGGAGGCCAUACGCGAACGCUAUCUGGGCAUUGUGAAGAAGAAGCGACGUGUGCGACGCCUCAACGAUCGCAAAUUUGUGUUCGACUGGGAUGCUGGCGAGGACACCUCCAUAGAUUACAAUAAUCUGUACAAGGAACGGCAUCAUGUGCAGUUCUUCGGACGUGGCAACGUCGCCGGCAUUGACAUCAAGGAGCAGAAGCGGACACAGAGCAAAUUCUAUGGGGAUCUGCUCGAGAAGCGGCGCACCGAAGCGGAGAAGGAACAGGAGAAGGUGCGCCUGAAGAAGAUGAAGCGCAAGGAGGACAAACAAAAGUGGGACGAUCGACACUGGUCCGAGAAGGAAAAUGACGAAAUGACCGAACGCGAUUGGCGCAUCUUCCGCGAGGACUACAACAUUACCAUCAAGGGCGGCAAAAUACCCAAUCCCAUACGCAGCUGGAACGAGUCCGGCUUUCCGCCCGAGAUAAUAGAGAUCAUCGACACGGUCGGCUACAAGGAGCCCACGCCUAUCCAGCGACAGGCCAUUCCCAUCGGUCUGCAGAAUCGCGAUAUUAUUGGCGUCGCCGAGACGGGCUCCGGCAAGACCUUGGCCUUCCUCAUACCGCUGCUCUCGUGGAUUCAGUCGCUGCCCAAAAUCGAGCGUCUGGAGGAUGUGGAUCAGGGCCCGUAUGCCAUUAUAAUGGCGCCCACCCGCGAACUGGCCCAGCAAAUCGAGGAGGAGACCAUCAAAUUUGGCCAACCCCUGGGCAUACGCACGGUCGUCGUUGUCGGCGGCCUGUCCAGGGAGGAGCAGGGCUUCCGUUUGCGUCUGGGCUGUGAGAUUGUCAUCGCCACGCCGGGUCGUCUGAUCGAUGUGCUGGAGAAUCGUUAUCUGGUGCUCAACCAGUGCACGUACAUUGUGCUGGACGAGGCGGAUCGUAUGAUUGACAUGGGCUUCGAGCCGGACGUGCAGAAGAUUCUCGAGUAUAUGCCGGUCACAAAUCUCAAGCCCGACUCCGAGGAGGCCGAGGACGAAAAGAAGCUGAUGGAGAACUUUUACACCAAGAAGAAGUACAGGCAAACGGUCAUGUUUACGGCGACAAUGCCGCCGGCUGUGGAGCGCUUGGCGCGCUCCUAUCUCCGGCGACCGGCCACGGUCUAUAUCGGUUCCGUCGGCAAGCCGACGGAGCGCACCAACCAGAUCGUGUACAUGAUGGGCGAGAAUGACAAACGCAAGAAGCUCAUGCAGAUCCUGUCCGCCGGCAUUGAGCCGCCGGUCAUCAUAUUCGUCAACCAGAAGAAGGGCGCCGAUGUUCUGGCCAAGGGCCUGGAGAAGCUCGGCUACAAUUCCUGCACGCUGCACGGCGGCAAGGGCCAGGAGCAGCGUGAGUAUGCUCUAGCAUCGCUCAAAAACGGCUCCAAGGAUAUACUGGUGGCCACCGAUGUGGCUGGUCGUGGUAUCGACAUCAAGGACGUCUCGCUGGUCAUCAACUACGAUAUGGCCAAGUCCAUUGAGGACUAUACGCAUCGUAUUGGCCGCACGGGUCGUGCAGGCAAAACGGGCGUGGCCAUCUCCUUUGUGACCAAGGACGACAGCGGCCUGUUCUACGACCUGAAGCAGUGCGUCACAGCCAGCCCGGUGUCCGUGUGCCCGCCCGAGCUCACCAACCAUCCGGAGGCGCAGCACAAGCCCGGCACCGUCGUCACCAAAAAGCGACGCGAGGAGAAAAUAUUUGCUUAAGCUCA